AUGCCCUCACCAGAGUCCGAAUCACCGGACGAGGGUUUCUUCAACGACCUGUCGCAGCAGCCCGAGUCGAACGAGACGAGGCAAUCGCCGACAGGUACGACGAAUAGCCAGGAUGCGCAGGGCCAGGAUGCCGCAAGCAAACCAAAGCGAAUAGCCUGCGUGCUGUGCCGGAAGCGGAAACUGCGCUGCGACGGUGCGCGACCAACGUGCGGAACCUGCAAGAGGCUCUCUCACGAUUGCGCGUACGACGAGGUGCGCAAGAAGAGCGGGCCGAAGAGGGGUUACGUGAAGCUCCUGGAAGCUCGACUGCAGCAAGUGGAGACGCUCCUGAAGAACCAGGAAACGACCGACCCGCACAAGGACGUAUCCCGCCAGGACUCCACCUCCGCAUACGUCGCGAGCACAUUACAGCAGCCAUUGCCUCACACGAGCGACUACCUCGCUGCGCCGGACAAGACCCCGUCCGGUGUAUCGCCAGGACCCGAUGUAUUCCAGAAUGGCGGCGCAAAUGCGGGCUCUGCCGAGGGAGAGUUCCCGUGGGAGAUGAUAGGACUGGGGCUGGAUGAACCGCUGCCGCCCCAGGAUGUCAUGAACGACCUGUACCAGAUCUAUUUCGCCAAGAUACAUCCCUCUGUCCCCAUCAUACAUAGGCCGCGCUUCAUGGCCGCAAUGAAUCUUGCCCCACACAUGCGGCCGCCCGUGUGCCUGCGCUACAUUAUGUGGACAUUGGCGGCUUCCGUCACCGACAAGUACGAUGCGCUGCAAGGGCACUUCUACCAGCGAGCGAGGAAGUAUGCUCAGACGGACGAGAUGAGAGGUCACGGUGAAUCCACAAUAACACUGGCACACUGCCAAGCGUGGAUUCUGACGGCGACAUACGAGUUUAAGCAGAUGUACUUCCCGAGAGCCUGGCUUUCCUCAGGACGUGCUACACGUUUGGCUCAGAUGAUGCAACUUCAUCGAUUGGAUGGAGUUGGUCUUGACGUGAAGCAGUGUCUCCCACCCCCGAAAGAUUGGACGGAGCGAGAGGAGCGGAGAAGGACGUUCUGGAUGGCCUUUUGUGUCGAUAGAUAUGCCAGUAUCGGAACUGGCUGGCCGAUGACAAUCGAUGAGCGAGAUAUCUUGACGAACUUGCCGGCCAGCGAAGAAGCAUUCGAGAAGAGCAAGCCAAUGCCUACUGGCUCGCUAGAGCAAGCAUUGAGCCCGAACAGCAUAGGGAAUCUUCAGCCAUUCGGUGGUAUAGUACUAACAGCAGCCCUCUUCGGUCGCAAUCUGCUUCAUCUUCAUCGGCCCGGACCCGACGAUUGUGACGAUGACCUGAACGGCGGAUUCUGGACGCGACAUCGCACCAUUGAAAGCAUACUUCUUCAGACAUCCCUUGGGCUCCCUGACCAUCUACGACUCCCGACCGGCUUAUCAGACCCGAACGUAGUAUUCCUGAAUAUGAGCAUCCACACUUCUUCCAUCUGCCUCCACCAGGCCGCUAUUUUCAAAGCGGACAAGCACCACUUGCCAGUCAAUGUCAGCAAUGAGAGCAAGAUUCGAUGUGUGACUGCUGCGGCUGAAAUUGCCUCCUUGAUGAGGAUGAUCAGCCACAUGGAUUUGGCCGCUAUGAAUCCAUUCAUAUCCUUCUGCGUCUAUGUUGCAGCGCGCGUCUUCGUCCAGUAUCUCAAAACCCGGCCGAAAGACCAGCAGAUGAACUCAUCUCUCCGAUUCCUCUUGCAAGCCAUGCAAGCCCUCCGACGGAAAAACCCCCUUACAGAAUCCUUUCUGGUCCAGCUGGAUCUCGACCUGGAAAGCGCAGGUAUACUGGGCCAACAGAAACCCUACCUGCCACCCAACCCUAGCGGCGCGGUAAGCAACCACCACACAGAGCACGUGAACAAUCACAUGGCAGCGGGUUUCGAGACCACAACCAGUAUUGAUCCCCUCUUCGAGAUCCGCGAAAGCCAGAACCCGAAUGCGUCUAUUAAUCAGUAUGGGAAUGGAGAACGGGCGGCUACUGCUGCGAAGAAUAACAACAUGCCUCAUAUACCGGGUACACAGCCGGGUCCGCCAUUCCAUAUCUCGAGCGUGACGAAGAUCAAUCUGGAGCCGCAGAAUCCUGCGCCAUUUGUACCCUCGCAAAGCGGACCGCAACUGGUACCUAGUAACUUCAAUCUCAGCGCCGAUAACAACGAAAUGGAUAUCUCUCCCGACACAGCUAGCGUUGACCAACCGAGCCCCGCCACAACUACCAACUCGCAAUCCCAACAAUCCCGCGGCGGCUCCACCUCACACUCGUCUUACUCGCCCGGCCAAGGCAUCGAGCAUCUGCCCUACCGUCCCUCACCUCGCAUGUCGAACCGGGUUCCGCUUCCGCACACGACAUCCCCUAACAACACCACGAAUACAAAUGCGAACUUCUUCCCACCUAGCGACGAUAUGUUUUCGGCAUACGUGACCGGAAACCCCGGCAGCAUGAACGGUGCAGAUAAUGGGUUUUUGAUGGGUCCGGAGUGGGAACUGGCGGGGAUGGGGCCCGGGACUGGAAUGACGCCUAUGAGCGAUGGCGGGUGGAAUCAAUUGCUAGAGAGCGUGAAUUUGGGAUGGGAUGGGAUGGGGCCGCCGCAUGAUGCGCCGCCGGGACGAUGA